UAGUAGGUGUAAUGGAAUGUGGUAGGUGCAAUAGAAUUGCUCCAUGUUUUGUAACCUAUAUAUAGAGGCUGCAAAGAAGUAAUAAGAACACACAUCUCACACUCCAUUCUAUACAUCUAAACUCUCUCCCUCUCUCAAGUUCUUUGAAGCAAAGCUCUCUCCAUUUUCUGAAAUACUUUUAUGUUCGUUUGACAACACGUUAUCAGCACUAAUAGCUCUAGGACUCGGAUUACCGAUUGCCAAGAGAAGAGGUGAAUAACUCUUGGGUUGCAAAGACGAGGUGGUUCAUCAUUCAAUCAACAUCAAUCUACCAGCUCUACAACCAAGUUUCCGGAAGAAACUAUCUAAAGUGGACUCAAGAUGUGAUAAUUCAUCUAACUGCAAAGGAGAUGAGAUCAAUUAUCAAUGUUGGCAAUGUCGCCAAAGAAGUUUUUAAGGCGAGUGCCAUAAUUUUCAUAAAGAAACAUAUGGAGAAAGCACUCCAAGCUGAGUAUCCUAUCAAGAGGAUGCACAGACUCUUUGGGUUGCUCUGGAAGAGUGCUUUAACCAUCAAAUGACCAUUUUCUUGCCUGAAGCAAGAUAUGAUUGGAAGAAGGAAAAUAACCCACAUGACCGUCAGUCAGGUGGCCAAGGCCCAAGAGGCCAAGGAGCACGUAAUCCAGCUCCACAUGACCAAGGCCCAUGUGGUGAGAAUUGUGAUGCCCUAGCUCAGCAAGCCUGAGUUGAAAGGAACACUAGUUUGGCUCGUCGCCACCAAAAUUAGCUUGAUCAUUGUCAUCGAUGUGGAGGAAUUGACUGCUAGUCCUGCACUUGCUAUGCGAUAAUCGAAGCAAUAGAUGAGUAUUACGGUAGUCGCAGAACUCAAAAUACCAACUUUGUUGAAGGGUCAUUUUCUAUAGAAACCACACUAGAGAUCAUGGAUUUUCAGGCAAGUACUAUACAUAUUGAGGAUUAGAAACUCGAAGACAUGGGUAUGAUUGGCCUUAUGUGCCAUAACUAAUGAAUGAUGUUUCAGUCUUCGGAUUUUGGUGAUUUAUGUUUUUUGAUUAUUUUGGAGUAAAUGUGGUUCUGUUCGAAUAUAUUAAAUUCAAUAAAUUUAUUUAUACAUGUGAUCCAUUGAAUUAAAUAAAUGAAUAGACAUAUUCUGUGGGGAAGUUUGUUGUCUAGCUAACAGUGCUAUUAUGCACACCAUACUCCGAGAUCGGAGAUAUGUUUCAAACUUAUUGCUUAUUUAUACCUCUGUGACAACGGUAUCAGGCCGAUCCAACCUAAUAGAGGGCUAUGGCAAAGCCCACUUUAUGUUGUCCAAUGGUCCUGAAUUUACCAUUAAUGAGGCCUUAUAUUCUCCACGUUCCAGAAUAACGUUAUUAAGUUUUAAGGAUAUUCGAGCUAACGGUUAUCAAGUUGAAACCACUGAGGAAAAAAGAGUGGAAUCUAUUUGCAAAACCUCCAAUUUGUAUGACCGGAAGCAUAUAUUGGAGAAGCUAAAAUGCCUCUCGAGUGGUCUCUACAUGGCAACCAUUAGAUUGAUUGAGGCAAAUCAAAUAAUCAGUCAGAAGUUAACCAAUUCGAGCAACUACUUGCUAUGGCAUGACCAUUUGUCUUGGGUUGAAGGCAGUCAUAAUCAGCUCCGCUCUCAAUUUAGAUUAUCUUGAGUUGAAGAUAUCUUUCAAUGAAAUUCAGUCUGCAACGAACAACUUUGACACAAAGUUGGUGAUAGGCAAGGGUGGCUUUGGGAAUGUUUAUAGAGGCACUCUUUUGAAUGGCACAAAAGUGGCUGUGAAGCGAGCUUAUAAGCGAGACGAGCAUGGGUCAGGAUCAGGCCAAGGCCUCCUAGAAUUCGAAACAGAAAUCAUAGUUUUAUCGAAAAUCCUCCACCGCCAUCUUGUCUCCUUAAUUGGUUACUGUAAUGAAAGGUCUGAAAUGAUACUAGUGUAUGAGUUCAUGGAAAAAGGGACGUUGAGAGAUCAUUUGUAUGAUUCAGACGUGCCUCGCUUGUCGUGGAAUCAAAGACUUGAAAUUUGUACUGAAGCAGCAAGGGGUCUUCAUUAUCUCCACACAGGUGCAGCUAGGGGAAUCAUUCACCAAGAUGUCAAGUCCACCAACAUAUUGCUUGAUGAAAACCAUGUUGCCAAAGUUGCUGACUUUGGCCUUUCGAGAUUUGGAGCUCUCGAUGAAUUGCAUGUCAGAACUAAUGUUAAAGGCACUUUUGGUUACCUUGAUCCUGAGUACAUGAUGUCUGAACAAUUGACAGAAAAAUAUGAUGUUUACUCAUUUGGUGUAGUUCUUCUUGAGGUGUUAUGUGUAAAACCUGCUAUUGAUCCAACGCUUCGAAGAGAGCAAUGUUAACUUAAUGAGCAAACCAAGAUCCUUUCACAAAAUGCAUAAACACACUCAAAUGAUCAAUACAAUAUGAACUAGAAUACAACAAGAGGAGAUGCAUCACCUGCUUCAUGCACAACAGCCAUUCCUUCAAAAGUAGUAGCAGCAACACAGCUAUUCAACACAAAUAAUCCGAGCUCCAAAACUUCAAGCAGCCACGCGCAAGAAAUCUUCUACUCAACUAUGUGUUUAACUCCUCUCUAUGGGGCAGGAUUGAAUGUUUUGUCACAUUGUGAAUAGGGACUUCAAGCACCUAUAUAUACAAGCUAGAUAGGUCUUCCCAUAAAAGAAUCCUUGAUUCUAGCUAAUGAGUUAUUUCUGAAAACAUGCUAUAAUUUAUCAUAUCAACUAAUUAGAUAUUUAUCUUUAUCAAAAUGGAUUCCUAACCAUAUGAGUGACA